AUGAAGCUCAUCGUGGGCAUUGGAGGGAUGACUAAUGGCGGGAAGAGCACCCUGACCAGCAGUCUCCACAAGGCGCUGCCUAACUGCUGCGUGAUCCACCAGGAUGACUUCUUCAAGCCCCAGGACCAAAUAGCAGUUGGGGAGGAUGGCUUCAAACAAUGGGACGUGCUGGAGUCCCUGGACAUGGAGGCCAUGCUCAGCACUGUGCGUGCCUGGGUGAAGGACCCACGCAAGUUCGCGCGCGCUCACGGAGUCAGCCUCCAGCCGGGCGCCUCUGACACCCACAUUCUCCUCCUGGACGGUUUCCUACUGUACAGCUACAAACCCCUGGUGGACAUGUACAGCCAUCGAUACUUCCUGACCGUCCCCUAUGAGGAAUGCAAGCGGAGGAGGAGCAAACGUAGCUACAUGGUCCCUGAUCCCCCUGGCCUCUUUGAUGGUCACGUGUGGCCCAUGUACCAGAAGUAUAAACGGGAGAUGGAACAGAAUGGAGUGUCUGAUUCCAGUCUAUUUAGAUGGCAUGAAGUCCCGUGA